GUGUGAACGAUUGGGAUUUAAUCGCCUCUGUGUCUAUGGAUCGAUCUCCAAUCCAUCCUAUUCAUAUUGAUUCACCACUUGAAUAAAUACGAAGUCGAACCCCUCCCCUCCACAUUUCUAAUCCCUUCCCUCCUACAUUUGCACUCUUCUUUGCUUUUGCUACGCCGACGCGCCGCUUUCAUCCACUGUUGUGGUCAACAAAUCGCCGGUUGUGUUUCCUAGUUUUUUUUUCAGUUACCGAAAGUUCACAGGAGUUGGAUCGAUCUGACGGCGGUGAGGUGAUCACCGUCGCCGCCAGAGAUGAUGUCGUCCGGAAGGUACAUGGCGUACUCACCGUCUCCAUCGCCCGGUGCCGGAGGUAUCCGCGCCGCAUCUCCACUGGUCGAGCAAGAGAAGUAUCUCUCAGAAUUACUGGCUGAGCGCAACAAACUCAGUCCUUUCAUGGCUGUUUUGCCAAAUUGUUGCCGCUUGCUGAAUCAGGAAAUAUUGCGUGUAACUACACUGUUGGGGAAUGCAUCAGUUUUAGAACAAAGUGGGUUUGACCAUGCGAGCCCCCUGGCUUCAGGAGGAAUAUAUUCAAAUGGAGGAGCUAACAUGAACAGAUGGCCGUCACCAUUUCAAUCAGAAAUGUCGGGUUUGAUACAGACUUCUUCUGCACAAAACUGGCUUGGUUCACAUGGCAGCUCAUCAGGUCUUAUAGUCAAGCGAACAAUCAGAGUUGAUAUUCCAGUUGACCAAUAUCCUAAUUACAAUUUUGUGGGGCGCCUCCUUGGUCCUAGGGGUAAUUCUCUGAAACGAGUUGAAGCAACUACUGACUGUCGUGUUCUCAUCAGAGGUCGUGGCAGCAUCAAGGAUCCAGCCAGGGAAGAGAUGAUGAGGGGAAAACCAGGAUAUGAGCACCUUAAUGAACCCCUUCACAUACUUGUUGAGGCAGAGCUGCCAGUUGAGAUAAUUGAUGCUCGUCUAAUGCAGGCGCGUGAGAUACUUGAAGAUUUGCUCAAGCCAGUGGAUGAAUCUCAAGAUUUCUAUAAGAAGCAGCAGCUACGAGAACUUGCACUCCUCAAUGGUACACUUCGAGAAGAAGGGUCUCAAAUGUCUGGUUCUGUAUCCCCCUUCAACAGUACCCUUGGGAUGAAGAGGGCAAAAACAACGGGGUAAUAUUUGGAGCUGCUUGUUUAUAUCUGCCAUUGAACAGCAGUUCCUAUGCGUCAUGUGUUGCUGUGCCAGCUGAUGCAUCCAACUGCCAUUAGGGCCCCGGCCUGUCGACUGCCUGUUUGAACCUGUCUCUAUAUGAUAAAAGGUGUGCUUUUCUUCUAAUGCUUGGGGAAGAUUUAGUAUCAAUAUGUUGUUCUUAUGGAUCGUUUCGGGUGAUGAGGGAUUUGAGUUUGUAUGUUGUUUGGGCAGUUCGGUUGGGGUCUGCUCUCCUUCCGGACGACGCAUUGUAUUAUUUCAUUUAUUGUAAGCUUGUGAUGAGAGUUUUGAUAUUAUUAUGGGAUUUUGGAGAUGUAAAAUGUAUUUAUAUAUAUUCCAAAAUGAGGCUGAAGUGAACAAACGGUAGCAGUGAUGCUCAUCUUGCAAAUGUUUUGUACCAUUACAGUCGUGACCUUAACUUUUAUAAAUUAUCAUUUUGCCUGUAAAACAGAAAGAGAAUUAUUGAU